AUGAAGAGAACUUUAUUAAUUAUUGCUUUAAUAAGCAUAGCAACAUGCCAAGUUGUAAAUAAAAGUGAAGCUUGUACUUGUACAUAACUUUUGACACUUGCUGAUUGUGGAAGAAACCCAGGCUGUUCAUGGAAUACAACCAAAUUAGCUUGUGAAGUUCCUUAAAGUACAGGACCUGUGACUGUGACCAAGAAUUAUGGAAAAUCACUCUAUUGUGAAGGAUAAGCACAAACAGAUUGUCUUAAAUUAAAUGAAUGUGCUUGGAUAGAUAAUAAAUGUACAUUUUUCACAAGUUGCACCCCUUAUGAGAAAGCCAGUAAAGAUGAAUGUUAAGAAAUAUCAAAAAGAUGUAUAACAGAUGGAUAAAUUUGUGUUGAAAUAGACUUAUGUUCUACAUACUUAACAUCAACAUCUUGUUAUUAAAGUAAGACUACAUACUGUGUUUGGGAUGAACCUACUAAAAAAUGCUCUGAUGUGACUGAAUGUGGUUAAUUACCAAUAGCACUUACUAAAGAUUCAGAAUGUAGAUUGUACUUAAAGAAAGAAUGCACAGCUAAACCUGGAGGAGGAUGUGUAGAAUCAGGAACUAAUUGUGAAGAUCAAACUUCUUAAGAAGGAUGUGUGACAAAUAAGGCUAGAUCAGUUACAUGUUAUUGGAAUGAUUAGGAUAACAAAUGUACUGAGAAGAAAUGUGAGUUUGCUAAAAAAAGUAUUAACACUCAUGCUGAUUGUUAAAUAUUCUCUGAUAAAUGUACAGCUAAUGAAGGUGGAGGUUGUGUUGAUCUUAAGACAUGUGCAGAUGGUAAAAUAAGUGAAGGUUGUAAAAUUGAUAGUGCAAAAAAGGAUUGUUAUUGGUCCACUACAGAGAAAAAAUGCAAAGAUAAAGUUUGUGUAAAUGCACCAAAUACAUUGACAACAAAUUCUGAUUGCCAAAAACAAUUUUUGGCAAAAUGCAUAACAAAUGGUGGUGGAUGUGUUGACGAUACAAGUUGUUCAAGUUCUACUGUUCAAGAAUAAUGUGCUGUUAAUAGAUUCAAUAAUAGAUAGUGUACAUGGAAUGUUACUUGUAAAGACAAAACAUGUGAAAAUGCAGGACCUGAAAAUGUUGGUCAUGAUUAAUGUUCAACUUACUCAAAACUUUGUACUGGUAAAGCUAAUAAUGCUACUGGAUGCUAAAAUAGAACUUGUGAAAAUGCUCCCACUACCAUUACUACAAAUCCUGGAUGUGAAGAAUAUCUUCCAGGUAAGAAUUGUAUCACAAAAAAAGAUGGUGGAUGUGUAACCAAUAAAAAUUGUUCAGAUAUAUUAAUCAGAGAUGCCUGUGUCAAAGAUAUUAAUAAAAAAGACUGUUAUUGGGAUAGUGUAGCAGGUAAUUGUUUAGAUAAGACUUGUGCAACUUUACCUACUAGACUUAAUAGUCAUCCAGCUUGUAAUGGAGAAAUUAAUACCUGUACUGUUAGCUCAUCUGGAACUUGUGUUGAUUUAAUAUGUGAAAAUGUAGUUGAUAAAGACAAUUGUGUUAAAGACAAGGACGGAGCUGAUUGCAUUUACUAUGGAUCUUGUUUCUAAAAACAAUGUUCUGCUGCAUCUCAAUCACUAAUAACUCAUGCAGAAUGCUAAGGUUACCUAUAAACAUGUACUUUGGCAAAUACAAAGAAAGGCUGUAUGGAUAUUCCAUUAACAUGUUCAGCAUUAAUUAAGGAGAAUUGUGAAUUGAAAGCUAAUGGCGAGAAAUGUGGUUGGACUGGAUCUGCUUGUGUUGAUAUCGUCUGUACUACUGCCCCAACUAAGACUGAUGAUGAUUAUACUGUAGAAUUAUGUGAAAACUAUAAACCAAAUUCUAAUUGUGUACCAAAUUAAAGCAAAAAAGGAUGCAUGGAAUUAGUUGCUAAAUGUGAGUCACGUACCAUAAUAGAAUAAUGUAAUGUGGCAGGUACAGCAACUAAUGGAGGUAAAACAUGUUUAUGGGAUACAAUUAAUAGCAAAUGUUAUGAAAAAACAUGUGCUAAUGCAACUAAAGAUGGGUAUAAUGGUAAAGUAGUAGUAACAUCUGAUGAAGUAGCUCAUAAUGAUUGUUAAGCAUGGUUGAAAGAUAAGGAUAAUAAACCUCUAUGUGUUGUUGGAACAGCAAAUAAUGUUUGUGCUCCAUUACCAAUAAAUUGCAGUGGUUUAGGCAAGAAUUCCUGUGUUGUUGCUAAUGUUUUGAAAGUUCCUAAUUCAAGUCCUGUAGAAUACUUAAAUUGCUUUUGGAAUGUUACAACUUCAAAAUGUGUAGAUGGAAAUGUAUGUGCAAAUAUAGAUAAGACUAGUCAUAAUGAUUGCACAAAUGCAUCCAACAAGAAAUGUACAGUUAGUGCUGAUGGAUCCAAAUGUGUCGAUAGAUAAGCAUGCACUGCAUAUACAUAAGAGAUUUAAUGUAAAAAAGAUAAAAAUGAUUCUCCAUGUUCAUGGACUGAGGCAACCAAAAAGUGUAGUGAUACUUUAUGUUUGAGUACAGAUGAAGAUUCAAAAAGUUUUAUUACUCAUGACAAUUGUACAGCAAAAUCAAAUUAAUGCACUCUCACUAAUUUACCAUGUGGACUUAAAAAAACUAGUUGUGCUAAUUAUGGAAAUGAAAAAGCAUGUUUAGGUGGACUGCUUGGAGAUAAGAAAUAAUGUAAAUGGGAUUCUGACGCUAAAACUUGUGGGGAUGUAGCUGAUGGAGAUUUUGUUUGUGCAAAUGUUAAAGGGGCCAAUCUCACAGGAAAGUAUUGUAACACUUUAAAUGUUAAAUGUUCAGUUAAUGCAGCCAGAACUGCAUGCAUUGAUGCAAAAGAUACCUGUGGUGCUUAUACUGAAGCACCUUCUUGUAAAUGGUCAAAAAAUGAAGGAGAUUGCUUCUAUACUGGUGGUGCUUGCAAGGCUGUUUCUACAUUAAAAUGUAGUGAACUUAGUGGAUUAACUGAUGCAGAAUGUAGAACUUUAAAGAGUAGUUGUAUAUUUGGAGCAUCUGGUAAAUGCAAACCUGAUUGUGCAGGUCGUCCAAAUCCAUAGACUUAUAAUACAUGCUAAAAGUUUGAUUCAGAAUGUUCUGUGAAAAAUGAUGGAUCUGGUUGCUAUUACAUUGAUAAAAAUUGUUCUUAGUUACCAACUAGUACAUGCACAAAAGGAAAGGAUGGUAAGCUGUGCAAAGUUAAUGGAGCAACUUGUAGUGAUUUGGUUAUAAUAGACGAUGAUGCUAAUUGUGGCAAUGUGACAAGUGCAACAAAUGGUAAAUUAACUGCAAAAUAUUGUGGAGAAGCUAGUGGUAAUAAAUGUACAGCUAAACCUGAUGGAUCAGCUUGUGCAAAAAUUGAAGCUAAUUGUGCAGCUUAUACAGAUACUACUCUACCUUUGUGUUAUUUUUCGACUGAGGGGUAUUGUACCAUAGAUUCAGCAGAUACAACAAAAUGCGCAAAAGUAGAUGCCUAAGCUUGUGCAAAUAUUUCUUUAGGAGGAGCAGUUGAAUUAUCCGACAAUUUAUGCUCCGAAGUCAAAGCUACAUGCAUAAUGGAUCCUGUUGAUAAGAAAAAAUGCAAAGAUUACACAGUAGAUCCUCCAACCUGUGGUGAUUUUAAAGGAACCUUCAAUUUCUUCAAUUGUUUCCAUUUCUUGAAUACUUGUACUGUUAAUUCUGCUGGAACUGCAUGCAUUACCGCCGAAGCAACAUGUGACUUAUAUGAUGCAAGCGAAAAAUGUGGAUAUGCUACGACUGAUGGACCAUGUGUUUGGGAUGCUACUGUUAGCCCAGCAGCAUGCAAACCAAAAUCUUGUGAUGCUAUAACUACAACUGACGUUGCAGUUCCAUCUAUAGAUACAUGCUCAGCUAAAUAAUAAAGUUGUACUGUUAGAACUGGAGGAUGUAUGAAGAGAGUUGCAUGCACAAUUUAUACAACUAAAGAUUAAUGUGUAGAGAAUUUAUCAGGAGGUAAAUGCAUCUGGAACACUAACACUAAUCCAGGUAAAUGUUUUGAUAAAACUUGUACUAAUGCUGAUUCAACUUAUAAUGAUCACGCAAAAUGUUAAGGUGUUGGUAAUUGUACAGUUAAAGUAAGCGAAGAUUUAACAACAUAGGCAGGAUGUAUUAAUUUGGGUGCUUGCUCAGAUUAUAAAGUAGCUGAUCAGUGUAAAAUAAAUGCUUCAAAGAAAGACUGUGAAUGGAGUUUAGCAGAAACACCUAAUAAAUGUGUUGAUAAGACUUGCACAUCUGCUGAUCCUGCUACAAACACUGAUUAUGAAAAAUGCUCAGCUUAUAUCACAGAUGGUAAUUGUACAUUGGCAGCUAAGAAAAAUGAAGAUGGAACAUAUACUGAAGGUGGAUGUAUGCCACUUGCACUUUGUACAGAAUACAAUACAGUUAAUUAAUGUAAAAAGAGUAAGAAUAAGGAUAAUGCUGGUAAUUUGUUAAAUUGUUAUUGGAAUGAUACAACUAAAAAAUGUGGAGAUGCAAGUUGUUUAAACGCUGAUGAUACAUAUACCACUCAUGAUGCUUGUGUUACAUAUGGAAAUACUGCCAGUCUUAAAUGCACAGUCGAUUAGGAUGAUAAAGGAUGUGUUCCUGUUCCAGAAACCUGCGAGGGAAUGAGUAAAGGAUAAUGUGUUGAUGUUGACGCAAAAUCAAAUAAAUGUAUUUGGUUGGAAGUUUCUGGCACUGGAUCAUGUGCUACUAGAACUUGUGAGAAUGCAGUAAGUCCUGCAACUGCUGCUGAUUGUUCAAAUCACCUCUUCUACUGCACUAUGAUUGAUACUGGAAGUAAGUGCAAGACUAAGACAUGUGAAGAUUACAACUUUACUGAAGAUGCAGCUUGUGCUGCUCUCUUUAAUAAUUCAAAAAAAUGCACUACAAAUGGAAAAUUCUGUGUCAACAGAGGAACAUGCGCAUAGGCUUUAAGUCAAAAGGGAUGCGUUACAGAUUCAAGUCUUAAUGCAUGUGAAUGGAUUGUUCCUACUGAUACCACUAAACCAGCUUAUUGUGUUCUUAAAACAUGCAAUACAGCACCUAAAGAAUUCACUACUGAAAGUUAAUGUUUACAAUACUUCACACCAAAAACAGGAUCCACAUGCAAUACUCAAUAAGGUGGUGGUUGUGUUUAAAGAAGUACUUGUUCAGCAGCUAAAGCUUAGGCUGCUUGUAAUACAGAUGCAGCUGGAUUUAUCUGUGCUUGGGAUGCAGACACAUCCACUUGUAGAAACUAAGAAUGUAAAGAUAUAUCUGGUACAACCCAUGCCGCUUGUUAGAAUCCAACUGAUAAAAACUUUAAAGGCAAAUGUACAGCUGGUAAAGGUGGUAAAUGUGCCGUCGUUUAAAAAUGUGUUUUGACCACUGUUGAAGCUGCCUGUGUUUAAGGAACUGAUGGACCAUGCAUAUGGAUACCUGAUUCUUCUAAUCCUGAUGGUACUAAAGGAGCAUGUUUCCUUUAUGAUUCAUGUAGAAGUCUUGAUUGGGGUAAGGAUUCACAAUGUAAAUGGAUUUCAGAUAAAUGCACCACAAAUGGAAAAUAAUGUAUUGGUAUUACAUCAUGUGCCAAAACUAAUGUUGAUGGAGGAUGUGUGACAGGUACAGAUGGAGAAUGCAUUACAACUGUUUAAGCCUUAGGAUCUCUCAAUAAAGUUUGUACUAAAUAUGCUAGUUGUAAUUCAGCCUUAUUUACAACUCAUCAAGAAUGCUAGGAUGCCAAUCCUAAAUGCACUACAAAUGGAACAUCAUCAUGUAUUGAAUUAGCUGCAUGUUCAACAUAUGUAAGAGAAGCUUGUAAAAAAAAUAAAGAUGGUGUAUAAAGAAAUUCAAAUGGAUAAAUCACCUCAACAGGUGAUUGUAGUUGGGAUGAAACUACUAACGCAUGUAGAGAUUAAAAUUGUUCUGAUCUUAAACUAAAUACUACAACCCAUUCAGGAUGCUCAGCUCAAUUAAUUACAUGCACAACUGAUGGUACAAAUUGUAUUACCAAGGAUUCAUGUGUUAAGUACACAACAAACAGUGCCUGCAUUAAUUCAGUUGGAACUGAAGGUUUAUGUUAAUGGGUAGAAGGUACAGGUGGUGCAGCUGGAUCUUGUAGAGUUAAGACAUGUGAUGACAUUCCUGCUGGUACUACUAUAGCUGCUUGUAGUAUUAUUAGUACAUGUACUACUGAUGGAAUCAAGUGUAUUACUAAAGGCACAUGUGAUAAAUAUACAACCAAGACUGGAUGCAAUUCCAGAGGAACUGAUGGAAUUUGUGUUUGGACCGAAACUACAACUGGAACUACAACUACAGGAAAAUGCUCAUUGAUGACAAAUUGCGCAACUGGAUCUAAAGAUUAAAAUGCUUGUCAAUAAGCAUCCAAUAGAUGUAAAUGGACUUCUGCUACAGCAACUGCUGCUAGUUCAUGUGUCGAUCAUACUUGUGAAUCUUAUAAUGCUGCAUCAGGAAGAUGCUCUUAUUUCCCUAAUUGGGAUUCCACUAAGUAUAAUAUUUGUCGUAACGUUGCUGGUAAAUGUACAGCUGCAGAUCCUAAAACCUUACUUGAAACAGAAUGUUACACCUAAUCAGCUUAUAUGUAUUCUUGGAACUCUAAGACUAAUGCAUGCUCUUAAUGUGGUACCACUAUUGUUACUCCAAACAAUUCUACAAAUGGCAAUAAUACAGAUAAUAAUGGUUCCACCACAACUGACUCAGGAUAUGUUCUUGGUGUAGCAGUUCUUUUAGGAUAUUUAAUGUAUUGA